AUGCCGGUAGAGGGGCCUGCUGCCAACCCGUUGCACAAGUCGCCGCAGCCCCAGGAGGCGCAGCAGCUGCAGGAAAUGGCACGCUCGGCCACCAGCAGUGGCAGCUGUGGGGGCGUGCCUCCCACGCACAUGCGUUCACUCUCCGAGAAGAGUGCCAAAAUGUCAAAGUGGAGGCCACCUUCACCACAGCAGCAGCCGCAGCCGCAGGGGCAGGAUUUGCAUGGCACCCCGCAGGGCCAAAGCAGAAAUGAAAUCAAUGGGAUGUCUCUUUUGCCUCGUGAAAGCAGCGCAGCAGGAAGUGCAAGUGGUGGCUGUGGCAUCGUCGGUGGGGGCUCUCUCACGCCACCGUCGUCGAGGCGCAACGUUGGAUCAGCGGACCCAAGUGCGGCGCUUGUCCGGCGGGCAGCGCGAGCACUGCCAACCGAUGCGGCACCCGCUGCGAAGCCGGCNGAUCAGCGGACCCAAGUGCGGCGCUUGUCCGGCGGGCAGCGCGAGCACUGCCAACCGAUGCGGCACCCGCUGCGAAGCCGGCAACAGCACGACCCUCCUCCUCAACGGGGCCUGUGCCUGCUCGAUUCGAUUCACCCUUGA